AUGGCGCCAUUAGCGCUAGCGGCCGGCACGGCGCAUCGUCGUCGGAAAUGGCCAGAAGCGCGUCCUCUCGUCGCUGGACGCGUUACACGCAAAGCGCUGGUGCUUAUAAAGGAGCUGAAAACGAAGCCGCCUGCUAACGAGGAUGAGCUGCAUCAGAGGCUCGAAAAUAUAUACAUUUGUGUUGCGUCGCCAUCCCCCAUCCCCCCUGCCUUCCCCCAUCCAUCCUGCCUUCCCCCAUCCCCCCUGCCUUUUCCCAUCGCCUUGCCUUCCCCCAUCUCCCCUGCCUUCCCCUAUCCCCCCUGCCUUUCCCCAUCCCCCCUGCUUUCCCCCAUCCCCCCUGCCUUCCCCCAUCCCCCCUGCCUUCCCCCAUCCCCUCUGCCUUUCCCCAUCCCCCGUGCCUUUCCCCAUCCCCCCUGCCUUCCCCCAUCUCCCCUGCCUUCCCCUAUCCCCCCUGCCUUUCCCCAUCCCCCCUGCUUUCCCCCAUCCCCCCUGCCUUCCCCCAUUCCCCCUGCCUUCCCCCAUCCCCUCUGCCUUUCCCCAUCCCCCGUGCCUUUCCCCAUCCCCCCUGCCUUCCCCCAUCCCCCCUGCCGUCCCUCUUGUGCAUGUCUGCGUUUGUGGCCCACCCACCCCAUCCGAUCAGCUGGCUGGGUGAAGGGCGUGCGGCCGCACCGCCGAGAUCUGAUCGACACGAUUAAAGAGAUGGACACGGCUGAUACCAGGGAGCUGCUGUGCCAGGUCAUGCAGUGGUCUCUAUCGGAGGAAUGGUACGAGGCUGACGCCCGGGACUACACGAAGCUGGUGGAGAGGUUCGGCAAGGACGGGCGGCUGGGGGAGAUGGAGCGAGCGUUCACAGGCAUGGAGGCGGAUGGGAUAGCUCCAGAUUUGAUCUCCUUCUCUGUGAAGAUUAACGCUUAUGGGCGAGCCAAGGAGGUGGAAAAGGCCAAGGCAGCGUGGGAAGAAAUGAGGCUACGAGGCAUAACCCCCGACGCCAAGGCAUACACCACCAUGAUGACCGUCUAUGGGAAGGCAGGGCAGCCAGACAAGGCGGAGCAGCUGCUAGACGCCAUGCUCGCUGCUGCCUGCAAGCCCUCUCCUGUCACUCUCUGCUCGCUGGUUACUGCUUAUGGGCUGGCCGGUCGCCCUGACGACGCCCAGAGGGUGUUUGACAAAGUGCUGCAGACCACAACUGUGUGUGGCAAGGCAGGGCAGCCAUACAAGGCAUACACCACCAUGAUGACCGUCUAUGGCAAGGCAGGGCAGCCAGGCAAGGCGGAGCAGCUGCUAGACGCCAUGCUCGCUGCUGCCUGCAAGCCCUCUCCUGUCACUCUCUGCUCGCUCGUCAUGGCUUAUGGGCUGGCCGGUCGCCCUGACGACGCCCAGAGGGUGUUUGACAAACUGCUGGCCCAGACCGACAUUAAACCGGACUGCCAUGUAUUCACGGCCCUGUCAGCAGCCUUCGGAUUGAACGGGCGCACAGACGAGGCAGUAGCAGCGUUCAAGCGCAUGCUGGCUGCGGGGCUGGCCCCUGAUGACCGCUCUGUGGCCCGGCUGGUGGAGGCCCAUGGCAGCAUGGACAGGCAGCUGGACCGACAGCUGGCGCUGCUGGCUGGAGGGGUGGAGGGAGGAGCAGAGGGAGGAGCAGCGGGAGGCGAGGAGGGAGGAGAGGAGGGAGGGGAGGGGAGGAGAGGGGAAGAGGGGGUGGGAGUGGGGAGGAGGGAGGCGAGUGAGGAGGAGAAGCUGAGGCAGGCAGUGAGGCUGGUGUUGGAGCUGGAGAGAGCGGGCAUCAGGCCAGGCGUGGAGACCUACACUGCUCUCAUCUCACUGUUUGCCAGCCACGGGUUGGUGAAUCUGGUGUUGCAGCUGGAAGGAGCGGGCAUCAGGACUGGCAUGGAGAUCUACACUGCAUUCAUCUCCCUCUCCCCUUCUCGCAUCACCACUGCUUCCAUCCAAAAUCUUUUGAGGGAAGCAGCAGAGGUGUUUGAGGAGAUGCAGAGGGUGGGGUUGCAGCCCAAUGCCAGAACAUACACUCGCCUUUUCCAGGCCUACGCGCUGGCAGGGGACUUGGACAGCUGCUCCCAGGUUCGGAAGACGAUGCAGGUGCUGGGGUGGACACUCAACCCACCCAUAGUGCGGGGCAUGGUUCGUGCACUAGUGGCAGGGGGGCAGGGUGGUGCUGCUGCAGAGCUUGUGAGAGAGGCGGAGGAGGAGGAAGGGGUGGCGGUUGAUGGGGAUGUGAAGGAAAUGGCUCAGUCGCAUGCAAGGGAGAUGGUGCAUUGA